AAAAAUAAUGUCUCCGAUAAGUCAAAUUGUAAUCCCUUUUCACUCUGCUCGUUCCUUUCAAAACUUGAUCUUUAUUUAAUCUAAUAUUUUUGCCUUCAAAUUGUGUGUCUGAGCAAUAUAACUUCCGUUCCAUUCUUGUUGCAUGGAUGCUUGUUAAACUCUUUCUUUUACACUCAAAUCUAAUGGCUUUUCACGACCCAGCGAUGGCUUUUAACACCAAAGACAACAUGCAACCAAGACUUGACAUUCUUCACUUAACAACAACUACUUCAACAACUCCACCAGCAUCAGCUUCAACUGUUGCCAAUCCUCCUCCCCCUCCCCCACCAACAUGGCUCAACAACGCGAUUCUCCAGCAACAAAACCACGAUGUUGACCACCACCACCACCCCGGUUCAGUUUCAGCCCCCAAUAGUAACGGCGAAGGUAACAACUCUAGAGAGGAGGAUUGGGAGAGUGUGAAAUGUAAAGUUCAGAUAUUAGGACACCCUUUGUAUGAACAACUUUUGUCAGCACAUGUUUCUUGCUUGAGAAUCGCCACGCCUGUUGACCAGCUGUCAAGGAUUGAUGCUCAGUUGGGUCGGUCUCAGGAUGUCAUGGCUAAGUACUCAGCUAUCGGAAAUGGAGUUGGACAGUCGGUUGACAGUAAGGAGCUCGAUCAGUUCAUGACACAUUAUGUUCUGUUGCUCUAUUCCUUCAAAGACCAAUUGCAACAACAUGUUCGCUUUCAUGCAAUGGAAGCAGUAAUGGCUUGUUGGGAGCUUGAGCAAUCUUUGCAAAGCUUAACAGGUGUAUCCCCAGAUGAGGGCACAGGUGCAACCAUGUCGGAUGAUGAUGAAGACCAGGCAGAUAGUGACUUAAACUUGUAUGAUGGAAGUCUGGAUGGGACUGAUAGUCUGGGAUUUGGUCCUCUUGUUCCAACUGAAACUGAGAGAUCGUUAAUGGAGCGUGUUCGGCUAGAACUGAAGCAUGAGUUGAAACAGGGUUUUAAGGAGAAGAUUGUAGACAUUAGAGAAGAAAUUCUGCGGAAGAGAAGAGCUGGGAAAUUGCCGGGUGACACAACCUCACUCUUGAAAGCUUGGUGGCAGUCACAUGCUAAGUGGCCAUACCCAACAGAGGAAGAUAAGGUGAAAUUGAUGCAAGAAACAGGAUUACAAUUAAAGCAGAUAAAUAACUGGUUUAUAAACCAAAGAAAAAGGAAUUGGCAUAGUAAUCCUUCAUCUUCUACUUGUUUGAAGAGCAAACGCAAGAGUUAGGCCAUUAGUUGCUCAUGUUUUUUUUGUAUAGAAUCUUAUUUGUACGAUAUCUUCCAACAAUAUUUUGGGAAAGAAGUAAUGCAGGAAAGUCUGGCAGUGAAAAUUUCAUGUAAACAAAGGAUUGAAGCAUGACUACUGGGUUACACUUCAUGCCUAAAUCUUGGUGGGAAACAAUCUCAGAUAACUUGUUAGAGGCAAUGCAUUGGAAGGAAAAAUUACAAAGACUGGUAGCAUAUAUUUACUUUACUAAUACAUGAAACCUUAAUCAUUCAACUAAACAAGGCUGCAUGUUUAUACUUACAUUAGCAUUCAACUAAAACAUUGAUUAAUUCCUAUGGCUAUCAUGUGUAUAGGUAUGCUUGAAGAUGUCUGUAAAGCUUUAUGAUCUUAGAGGUUCAAAUUUCGAGCAUUAAGAGAUUAGAACUAUAUUCCUGUGGAUGGAUUUUCUGGAUCAUGGUCCCUGUAAUCUGAAAAACUUAUGCUUUACGCAUUUAUAUGUGUGAAUAAGAAUGCCUUUUAGCUACAA